GCUGGGUCGCCUGUCGCGCCGUGUGCUCCCGGCCCGCAGCCGCCGGCUCCAUCCGUUUCCCAUCUCUCCAGGAUGAGAGAGGUUUGGGUUCGGCUUUUCCCCUCUCCCUGUAGUUGAUAGUUUCGGAACCAGAGGUGAUGCUGGAGUCGAGAUGGCAGACAGCGUGAAAACCUUCCUUCAUGACCUCGUCAGGGGAAUUAAGGACUCCAUCUGGGGCAUCUGCACCAUCUCUAAGCUGGACGCCCGGAUCCAGCAGAAAAGGGAAGAACAGAGGCGAAGGAGAGCAAACAGCGCGCUCGCCCAGCGGAGGUUUCACAUGGAAGAGAAGAAGCAAGAGAAUGAACCCCGGAUAGUGAGCCGGAUAUUUCAGUGUUGUGCCUGGAACGGAGGCGUAUUCUGGCUUAGUCUCUUCUUGUUCUACCGAGUAUUUAUACCUGUCCUUCAGUCAGUCACGGCACAGAUCAUCGGUGACCCUUCCCUGCACGGCGACGUCUGGUCUUGGCUGGAGUUCAUCCUCACCUCCAUUUUCAGUGCCCUCUGGGUCCUUCCCCUCUUUGUGCUCAGCAAGGUUGUCAAUGCCAUCUGGUUCCAGGACAUUGCGGAUCUAGCGUUCGAAGUUUCCGGCAGAAAGCCUCAUCCCUUUCCCAGCGUCAGUAAAAUCAUCGCCGACAUGUUGUUUAACCUCUUGUUGCAGGCGCUCUUCCUCAUCCAGGGGAUGAUAGUGAGCCUCUUCCCCAUCGAUCUCAUCGGCCAGCUGAUCGGCCUCCUCCACAUGUCGCUGCUCUAUUCGCUCUACUGCUUCGAGUACCGCUGGUUUAACAAAGGCAUCGAAAUGCACCAGCGGUUAUCCAACAUCGAGAGAAACUGGCCCUAUUACUUCGGCUUUGGCUUACCGCUGGCUUUUCUCACGGCGAUGCAAUCCUCUUACAUCAUCAGCGGUUGCCUCUUUUCCAUCCUUUUCCCUCUCUUCAUCAUCAGCGCCAACGAAGCGAGGACCCCCGGCAAAACCUACCACUUCCAGCUCCGUCUCUUCUCCUUGGUGGUUUUCCUCAGCAACAGACUCUUUCACAAGACCGUUUACCUUCAGUCCGCCCUGAGCGGUGCUUCCUCCUCCUCAUCCUCAUCCUCCUCCGCCGCCGACCGGCUCCUCUCCCCCCAACCCUCUCCCGCCAAACACCCGCCUGCUCCGGGGCACUGAGCCCCCACCAGACCCCGCGUCGUGGGGGACACACACAGGGGCUUCCCCUGGCAGAGUGCCCCCCCAGACCCAACCCGCCGAGGCUGGGGUCGGUUCUGUGCGUGUCCCCCCACCCUGCCGGAAAUUUUGGGGAGAAAAUCAUGAUUUUUAACACCUUUGUGAGUUUCGAAGAGCCGGGUCGCGUGCCCUGCGCUUGUUUUAUAGCGGACUCUUUUGUACGCCCCCCCCCAGCCCCGUGCCAUCUCCCCAUGUCCCCCCUCGGGCACCUCGUUUGUCCCCCCCCACCCCGGUUUUGUCGUAGCUUGGUGACGCCACCGGCAGCGCCUCCCCCUCCCUCCCCGCUGCCCUUUGGGGUUUGGGGUUGGUUUUUUUUUUUUGGGGGGGGUGGGGGGGGCGGUUUAUCAACUUUUCUCUAGUAUUUUCACACUGAAACAUUAAA